AUGUUCCUCUUCCCUUUGGUGCUUGGAGUGCUGUUUCUACCGGAAGCCAACAGCCUGAAGUGUCAUGAAUGUUUACCGGCUCCCUCUGGAAUUUGCACCGAGAAAACAGCUGAGUGUCCCUCACAGGAUUAUCGUUGUUUAGCAGCAACAGAAGUCGCCAUUAAAGAUGGCGUAGUGGUUUCUGCUCUCAACAUCAAACGUUGCAUCAUGCCUGAUCGAUGUGUCGAAAACUCCGUCAACUACGGAACUUACAGAGUGGUGAAAAAUAGCGCCUGCUGCAACGAAGACCUCUGCAACGCUCAAAUACCUGAGUACAAGUCCGCUCCAAAUGGAAACAUGUGCUUCACGUGUGAGGGAGAAAACUGCAUGAAAACUCUUAACUGUGUAGGGAAUGAAAACUACUGCGUCAAAGCAACACGGAAUGUAGAAGGAAAAAAUGUUACUCUGAAGGGAUGUGCCUCCAAGUUGAUCUGCUCAAAUCAGCGAGCUUCACGGGUGAAUGAGUUCAGCGCAGAACAGAUUAGCUGCUGCCAGGGCGACUACUGCAACAGCGCCAGUAAAGCCAGUACCUACCUGCUGCUCCUGUUGGUGCCACUGUUGUUUUCUGCCUUAUUGUCUUAG